AUGUCUAAUGCUGAGGCAGGUCCAGGAACAGAAGCGGCAGGUACUGUUGUUUCAGACCCACAACAUUCCCAAAAGCUUCUGAAAUCUCUGCGGUCCUUUAGAGAAGAUGGCAGUUUUCAUGACGCUAUUUUGGUGGUGGAAGGUGAAGAAAUUCCCGUACAAAAGAAUAUUCUAGCAGCAGCGAGUCCUUAUAUCAGGACCAAGUUGGUUUACAACCCUCCUAAAGAGGAUGGCUCAGCGUAUAAAAUUGAGCUGCAGGGUAUUUCCGUUCCCAUCAUAAAGCAGAUCCUGGACUACAUAUUCAGUGGAGAGGUCACGCUGAGUGAGGAAACGAUCCAGGACGUGGUGCAGGCUGCUGACAUGCUGCUUCUCACUGACCUCAAGUCACUGUGCUGCCAGUUCCUGGAGAGCUGCAUCACGGCAGAGAACUGCAUCGGAAUUCGGCUUUUCUCUCUGCACUACUGCCUUCACCAUGUGCACCACGUCGCCACCGAGUACCUGCAAACGCACUUCAGAGACGUGGCGGAUACUGAUGAGUUCCGUGAGCUCCCACCUGACCGCCUGUGUGAGCUGCUCGCCAUGGAAAAGCUUAAUGUGGGCAAUGAGAAGUAUGUACUGGAAGCUGUGGUGCGCUGGCUCAGCUUCGACAUCGAGGCCCGACGGGUGCACAUGAAGGAAGUGAUGUCUGCAGUGUGGGUACAGGGGCUGGACCAGACUUACCUACAGGAGCAGAUGCUGGGAGACCCGCUCAUGAGGGAGGUGAUUGGAGAGUGCUGCAUGGACCCAUUACGAGGCGUUGCACAGCACGGAGAGGCACUUCUUGCUGCAUUCAAACCCCGCGGCUACUCCGAGUGCAUCGUCAUUGUAGGGGGUGAGGACAGGGCCACUCGGACUCCGUCUGCAGUGACGCGCUGCAUGUGCCCUCUUUAUGACAGGAACCGACAGAUGUGGAUUGAUCUGCAACCAAUGAAUGAAAAACGAAUCGGCCAUGGAGUGGUGACAGCAGAUGGGUGCCUGUUUGUGAUGGGAGGGAUGAAUGAAAACAAGACGGUACUGAGCAGUGGAGAGAAAUAUAAUCCAGAGGCCAACACAUGGACACACAUUCUACCAAUGAAACAGGCGAGGCAGCAUUUUUGUAUUGCUGAGCUGGAUGGACUGAUCUACGUUCUGGGUGGAGAGAAUGAGGACACUGAAGUCCUUCUAACUGUGGAAGUUUUUGACCCCCACCUUAAUAUCUGGACCACCCAGACCAACAUGACCACAGUUAGAAAGUUUGGUUGCUGUGCUACCAUGAAGAAGAAGCUCUAUGUGAUGGGAGGAGGGUCUUAUGGAAAGAUUUAUGACUCUGUGGAAUGUUAUGACCCCAAAACCCAGCAGUGGACCACACUCUGCCCCCUGAAGGAGAGGAGGUUUGGUGCUGUGGCGUGCGGCGUGGGUCAAGAGCUCUAUGUGUUUGGAGGAGUGAGAAGCAGAGAUGCUGAUAAUCCUGAGUCCAGUCAAAUGACCAUCUGUAAAUCUGAGUUCUUUCACGAUGAGCUGAACAGAUGGGUGCUACUCGAUGAUCAGACCCUAUGCAAACUCACAACGUCAUCGUUUGUGUAUGGAGCUGUUGCCAUUGGUGCAAGUAUAUAUGUGGUGGGAGAAUUGGAUACAGGCUCCAGUUAUGACUAUGUGCGAGAAUUCCGGCGCAGUACGGGCACUUGGCACCAGACCCGACCCCUCCUGCCCUCUGACUUGUGUAAGACUGGCUGUGCUGCCCUGCGUAUUGCUAACUGUAAGCUGUUCCGGCUGCAGCUGAGACAGGGCCUUUUCAGGAUCCGAGUACCAUCUAUGUAAAAACGCACAUUCACUUUACUGCGUCACUUCUGCUUGCUGCGUGGAAAAAAACACACAAGGGGCUUGUGGGAAUUACUGUAGCAGAGACUGGAGCUCAGUUUAGUCUGAGAUACUUGAGUGAGCUAUGUGGGGAUGUUUUUAGUCACUUUGUUUACUUUGUUACAUGCCUUCUUAAGGGAAUGUGUGUCAGCACAGUCUUUUUUUAUAUGGGAUUUGUGUUUCAUAGUUUUAAUAUAGCAGUUUUAUUGGUAAUAUGUUAUUCAUUUUGGGUGGUUUCAGUGGAAGAAAUGGUGUCACUUGACACUACUGACUUGACACUACUCACUACUGUUCCAUAACAAGUAGACGACGUUAUUGAAUUGAAUGCAUUGUUUAAUAAUUCAUGAAUUGUCUUACAGUGAACUCUCAGUGGGAAGCUCUUUCAUAAGCCAGAAUAAUUAAACACUACUUUAGAUGUAUAAUACAUGGCCAAAAGGAUUUUGACAUCUUUUCUGACUAGUAUUUUCUGCUAUUUUAGCCACAGUUAUUGCUAAGAUGCACUUAUAACCAAACAUAUUGCUAUACAAUAUUCAUAGAAGUGCAAAACCAAGCUUUCUGUCAGUGGAUGCCAGCUUUCAAAGAAGUCAAAUCAUAAUUUUGCUCUGCUAGAGCUGCCGUGUUUAACUGUAACGGCUGUUAUUGAAAAAUAGGGGCUGUUAGGGUACAGGACAAGUUAUCAGAAGGUCCCUGGAUCAAUCCCCACCCCUGCCAGGUUGUCACAGUUGGGCUCAUGAGCAAGGCCUUGUAAGGUGUGAUAAAUGCCAUGAAUAAAGCAUUAAGAGUUAACAUAGAAGCAGUAACCGCUCUCAAAUAAUGGGACGGUGUCUGUUCUUAGGCAAAAUAUCCGCUACCAAUUUCGAAUUGCCUUUAAAAGCAACAUAAGGAUUUUUUGUCAUAACUGAUGAUUUAAGGUUUCAUAACCGUUGCACUCAUGUGAGCAGCUGCUAGAGUAGUGUAAAGGUGUAAAGCACACCACCCUUGGGCCCUGAAGUGAAAAGGCAAACUCGAUUAAUAAACCACUGCC